AACCUCAGACCAUAACCUCUCUUCGCGCAGAAAAGUGAAAAACAAGAAAGUGCGGCAUCUUGAAAGAAGCAAAAAACGCGAAGUAAAAUGCGUGGGAAAUGGAAGCCAAGUGUGUGAAAACCAGAGCACCGUGAACUUUAGCUCAGAAAAUCCGAGUGCCGACAGUUAUCAUAAACAUAGUUUAAGAUAGGAAGAAAAGAAAAAUGGAGCAAGUGAAAGCUCGCACGGUUGGCAGCACUGCCGCGCUAACGGAGAAGGUCGCCAACGUGGAUCGGGGAGAAGUCGCUGCAGUAGCGGAUAUUGAGGAGGAUGAUCGUCUUUUGCGGAGUGUGUUCAUUCCGGCGGAAGCCGGGGGCAGUCUGGGACUGCACCUGAGUCGAACUCCGUGGGAUCCGUACCCGUGGGUUUCCGGCGUACUUCCGGGAUCGUGUGCGGAGAAGGCUGGCGUGCGGAUUGGAGACUGUGUGCUGGAGGCCAACGGCGAAGACCUGCUCGGUCUCAAGAUCAUUGAGAUCGCCAAACGAGUCAGAAGUGACAAAGAUCGCUCGACAAAGCCCGGCGUCAGUUUGCUGCUGUGGAACUCGGGAUUCGAGAAGAAUAACCUCAACCCCCAGUCGCUGUCACGGUUCGCGAGCUGUCUCCAGGGCAUUGCCGGGCUGCUCGAGUGCCCCGUCUGUUUGGAGGUGAUUCGGCCGCCGUCCUGGCAGUGCUACCACGGCCACCUGAUCUGUUCCGGGUGCCGGUCCCGCAGCAGCAAGUGCCCAAUUUGCCGCGUUUUGCUGGGCCGGGGGCGGUGCAUCGUUGCGGACAAGCUUUUCAACUUUCUCGUCCAGACGCUGGGGCAGCACGAUGCUGACAAGCAUCCUCCUGGACCCAACCCAUCAGCCAACACUCCGUCCUCCGGCGAUCCAAAGUCAUCUAAUGGCCAGCAAAUUAACGCACCACUUUUGGCGGCGCCCAACAACGUGGUCCAUCAACAGCAGCCCCUUCAUCGCCGACUGCAUCGACACUACAAACAGUCGUUGAAAUUAAAAGCAAAUAGCUCCACCCCACCAACGCAACAACCCCCGCCCGGAGUGGCCACCGUAAAAAUGGCCACCCUCUACUGCUGUCCGUCCGGUCAACCGUGUGACAAGAUGAAAAAUCAACACGACAUAUUAAUUCAUUUGCAAAAGUCACAUCAAACGAGUGUCGUCCAGUAUUACGUGGCCCCCGGGGAACCGGUCCGGGUCCAUCUGGCCGCCGAGAAGGCCUCGUGCGUGACGUGCGUGGUGCUGGUGCGGGGGGACGACGAGAAUAACAACAAUCACGGCGCUGUCAACCAAGGCUGCCCCAGGACGAAUCGCGCUAAUUGCCGAUUCCAGGAGCUGUUCUUUGUGGCCAAGUUUCGGUGCAUGGAAUCGGCCGGACAGGCGCUGUACUGGCUGUGGCAUCUCGGGGCGCAGGAGGAAGCGGGAAGGUACCGGGUUACACUGGCUGAGGAAGGGGGAGCUGCGGGGAGCAGUUGGACCGGAAGUCCCGUUUCGUUGAGGCAGAACUGCAAAGAUGUGCUGAAGUCGAAACAGUUUUUUAAGAUGGAUUAUGGGGCGCAGGGAAUGAUGGUUACAAUUGAAGAGUAGUAGACAAAUUAGCGAAUUUAUUUAGUUAAUAUUAAAAGUUUUUAGUUCACUCUA